AUGCGUUGGUCCGCCAUCCUCGCGGUCAGCUCGGCCGCUUUCGGCGCGGUUGCUGUCGCCGGCCCGGCCAACCAGGAGUACAACAACUACUACGACGAGCUAGAGAAGCGCGGUGCCGAACAUCACCAUCACCAUCCCCAUCCGCCCACCAGCAGUUCAGUGUGGUCUGCUCCUGCCUCAUCGUCGUCUUCGGCCUGGUCCGCUCCUUCCUCGUCAUCUUCGCCAGCGUGGUCCGCUCCUUCCUCUUCCUCUUCUGCGUCAUCGUUCCCUGCUUCGUCCCCUGCUUCGUCCUCUGCAGCUUCCUCCUCUGCAGCUUCGUCCGCAGCUUCUUCGUCCGCGUCGGCCAGCAGUGCCAGCGCGUCGAGCAUCUCCAGCGCGGCCAGCAGCGUCUCGAGCGAGGUCUCCAGCAGCUCUGCCAGCUCUGUCAGCUCUGCGUCGUCGGCUUCGUCCGCCUCGUCAACUUCGUCAGCCUCUUCAGCCUCUUCAGCCUCUUCUGUCUCGUCCGUGUCGUCUGCGUCCGUCAGCUCCACGCCCGCGCCCCCUCCAGCGACCACAACCGUGACCAACACGGAGACCAUUGAGACCACGGUCAGCUGCGACACCACGACCUACACGUCGGGCGGCCAGACGUACACGGAGACGCACACCACCACGCUCACCAUCCCCUGCCACCACUGCACCACCAAGACCUACACGUCCGGUGGCGCGACCUACACAACUGUCAUCCGCACGAGCACUGUGACGGAGAGCUGCAUCACGUCGACCUAUACGUCCAGCGGCCACACGUACACCACGACCAUUACCCUCGGUGGUGGUGGCGGUGGCGGUGGUGGUGGUUCUUACACGACGACCACAGCCCACGGUGGUGGUGGUGGUGGUGGUAGUGGUGGCGGCGGCGGCGGCAGCAGGCCCACAACGACCACGGCCUGCGCCUGCUUCACGUCCACCGCAUGUGUCAUUGUCGGCCAGACCGUCCAGGCCACGGCCGUGGCGGACUGUCUGCUGGUCGGCGUCACGGUUGUCGACGCCACCAUCACCGACUCCGUGCUGGUCGACGCCACCGUCAAGGGCGGCUCGGUCCUCCGCGGCGUCCGCUUCACGGGCGGCUCCGUCAAGGACUCGUAUGUCCAGCUCGCCCUUCUCCAAAACGUGACCGUCGCCGACAGCGUGCUGUACGAGGUCGGCGUGCAGGGCGCCGAGCUGGUCAAUGUGUCCGGCUACGACGUGUACGCCCAGGGCGCCGUGCUCAGCAACGUCACCGUGUCCGGCGUGGGCUACGUGCAGAGGGCGAGCAUCGUCCACGGCGGCUCGUACACCAACACCGAUCUCAGCGGUGUGUACGUCGGCACGGGCGCCUCGUUGGGCGCCGGGGUGCAGCUUCAGGACUACACGCUGGCGGACGGCGUGGCCAUCGCGGCCGACGUCCUGAAGCAGGGCCAGCGGGCGUGA